CUUACGAUCCUUUGCGACCUUUGCUUCACAUCGUAACGGACAUUCGGUGCAAUUGGUUCACUUUGCUCCUUCGUUGCGUAUAAACACGAUAAGAGUAUCUCGUUGUCGUUAAAUCGCGUGUUGAACGAGUGUUAAAUUGAAUUAUAAGGGGUAAAAAAAACGGAAGAAUCACGGAAAGGAUCAGAGAUUUUCUCGGCGAGCCGGGACUUGGUGAAGUUCCGUUGGUGAGAUUCGAUGAUCAUCGAGAAAACAUCAUGAACGGAGCAACGACCGUUGGUACUUCUGCCGAUCUGCAGCAUCAGCAGCAGCAAUCACAAAACGAAACGGGUUCUGAGCAUCCUCGAAGUCCUGCAAGUCCACUCAGCAUCCGUCACGAUUCGGGUGAGAGUAGUGUGAUAUCUCCUGGAUUACCGGAACGUUACAGUCCUUUAGGUGCGACAGGUUCGACAUCCAGUCAUGAUCCUUACGCUUCGAGGCCGGUACAAGAAUGUCCUGUACCACUUUGCAGAGGAAUGCCAACGGAUUUUCCUCUCGCAAGAUCUCCGUAUCUUACGGCAAUCGGUAACGGUCAUCCCCAUCUCUUGAGUCAAGUUCAACAACAGCAUCAACAGCAACAACAACAACAACAACAGCAACAACAACAGCAGCAACAACAAUCGCAACACAGUAGCAAGACACCUCGAAGUCUUGGCCUGAUAUGCGUCGUCUGUGGCGAUACCAGUUCUGGGAAACAUUAUGGGAUUCUCGCGUGUAAUGGUUGCAGUGGAUUCUUCAAAAGAAGCGUCAGACGUAAACUGAUAUACAGGUGUCAGGCUGGAACAGGAAGAUGCGUCGUGGACAAGGCACACAGAAAUCAAUGUCAAGCGUGUCGCCUGAAAAAAUGCAUGCAAAUGGGAAUGAACAAAGACGCUGUUCAGAAUGAAAGACAACCUAGAAACACAGCGACUAUAAGACCGGAGGCACUGGUCGAGAUGGACCAAGAAAGGGCACUUCGCGAGGCUGCAGUAGCCGUUGGUGUUUUCGGACCACCGGUAUCUCUAGCAAUGGCAAGAUACACGACACCAUUACCUUUACCUUCGAUCGCACCAACGACGAAUUCAACGACUACGGCGACUCCUCCCAGACAAGAGACCGAAGAUGGUAAUGCUUCCGAGGACAGCAUAGACGUGACGAACGAGGAACCAUUGACACCUCAGAGAAGUGGAUGCACUCAACUUCCACCUGUCAUACCCUCUCUAUAUUCUCCGGCUAGUGCUGAGACCGUCUACGAGACAAGUGCAAGAUUACUCUUCAUGGCUGUUAAAUGGGCGAAGAAUCUUCCUUCCUUCGCGAGUUUACCCUUCAGAGAUCAGGUGAUCUUACUGGAGGAGGCCUGGUCAGAGCUCUUCCUUCUAAAUGCAGUCCAAUGGUGUCUACCUCUCGAAUCAUCACCUCUCUUCAGUGCUCCCGAAUUGACGGCGUUAACCCUUUCGCCUCACCAACAUCCACAUUCGGGGCUUCAUCUGCAGAACACCACUGGGAAACCGAGUCAAGUUGCGGCUGAUGUAAGACACCUUCAUGAUACCUUGCAAAGGUACAAAGCUGUUAUGGUUGAUCCAGCGGAGUUUGCCUGCAUGAAGGCCAUCGUACUUUUUCGACCAGAAACUCGUGGACUGAAGGAUUCCAGUCAGAUCGAAAAUCUUCAAGAUCAGGCUCAGGUGAUGUUAGGACAACACGCGAGAGCCCAACAACCAGGAAGUCCGGCACGUUUCGGCAGACUUCUACUUCUUUUACCCUUGCUGAGAGCAGUACCUGCAGCGAGAGUAGAGUUAAUAUAUUUCCACAGAACCAUCGGUAAUACGCCCAUGGAAAAAGUGCUUUGCGACAUGUAUAAAAACUAAUAACCAUCAUCGACGACGAUCGACGAUCGACGAUCAACGACGACGAAAAUGUUUUACGUAACAAAAAGAAAAUAUCCGGCAAACAUUUCGUUUUACAAAGAAACGAAAGUUUUGGAAAGAGAAAGAAGAAAUGAAAUGGCCUAAAAAAGGUGGGGGAGGAGACGAGGAUUUUGAUGAGAGAACUUGGUGAGAAUCGUUAUACGGAAAAUAGCACCUUGUUUCGAUACUACGAAAGAAACGGCAUCUAAAAAGAGAAAGCGAGAAAAUGAAAAUGGAAUAGAAUAAGAGGAAAUCGAAAAGAUCGUUGUUUGUGGCGGUCGCAAUAUGAGUGUAUAAAAAUAUGUGUAUUUAUUUAUUAUAUAGAAGAUGUUUAUCGAACCAUAGGUUCGAAUAUGUCGAACAGAUUAUUUCCGAGGAGAUUCACAUACACAUACAUACUGACAGCAGAGAGACACACAUACACGUAUACGCACCACACGCAUCACGUAUAUUGUUGUCGAGUAUGAGAGAGAAAAGAAGAUAGCGAUCUGAACUUUGUCUUCUCAUUUCGUUCAUUCUUUAUUUUUUUAUUUUUUAUUUCUUCCCUUUUUAUCUUCAACAUUUUUUUCUUUUUCGAAUAUAAUUUUUAAUUUAUUCGUUAUACGGAACGAGGAAGAUUCACGAGGCUUCCAAAAGAAGCACGACGUACAUAUUACACGUACUAACAUACAUCGCUACGAAUGUCCAAAAAUAAAUAUAUAGUUGUUACCUCGAUGGUGUAAAGUUAGAAGAAAAAAAAAAAAAAAAAAGAAAAAAAAAAGAAAAGAGAGAGGAAGGAAAAAAAAUGAAAUAGACGUAUGUUCAGCCGUGCUUCAACCUUUAUACUUCGUGUUGUGAUAUUGUUCAUUGUAAAAGUGUACGUACUCGAUCGAUGCAUAACGAUGUAACGAUAACGUCAUUACUUGUAAUAAAAGAGAAACGCGAUUAAAA